AAACAGAUGAGAGAGACCUUCUAAAAUCACCCCUACCUCUCCCCUCCGGCGAGUCAAUUAAAUAUUGUCGCCGGAACUUUCCGGUGGCAACUCUCUAUUCUCUGCAGCUCACAUUUAUCUCAGAUCAUAGUCUCCGCAAUGAAUAGCCUGAAAUCCCCUUGUAAGGGGAUGAUUACAGAUUUCCGUGGAAGAAAAGCAUGUUAUAGACAGGAUUGGACUAGUGCACUUGGUACAGGUGCAAGCUUAUUGGCACCAACAACAUAUAUCUUUUUUGCUUCUGCCCUUCCCGUCAUUGCCUUUGGGGAGCAACUGAGUAGAGACACAGAUGGUUCUUUAAGCACGGUGGAAGCAUUAGCCUCUACUGCUAUAUGUGGGAUUAUCCAUUCAAUUUUUGGGGGACAACCACUGCUGAUCGUAGGAGUCGCGGAACCAACAGUUUAUAUGUAUACAGUCCUAUACCAAAUUGCCAAAAAUAGCAGCAGUUUAGGUGGACACCUCUUUAUAGCAUGGGCUGGAUGGGUUUGUAUUUGGACCUCCAUUUUUCUUUUUCUUUUAGCAAUAUUCAAUGCUGGCAAUAUCAUCAGUAGAUUCACCAGGAUUGCUGAUGAACUCUUUGGCAUGUUGAUUGUUGUUCUGUUCAUUCAAGAGGCCGUCAAAGGACUGGUCAGUGAAUUUAACGUUCCCAAAGGUGAAGAUUCCACUGAAGAAAAGUACCAGUUCACUUGGCUGUAUACAAAUGGUCUACUUGCUAUCAUCUUCUCUUUUGGUGUACUCUUUACUUCCAUCAAGAGUAGAACCGCUAGAUCUUGGAGAUAUGGAACUGGGUUGUUUCGAAGCUUUGUUGCUGAUUAUGGAGUUCCAGUUAUGACCAUUUUGUGGACAGCAUUGUCUUAUGCAAUUCCUGCAAAAGUUCCUUCUGGAGUUCCCCGCAGGCUAGAAAGUCCUCUUCCCUGGGAUUCUGAAUCAGCACGUCAUUGGACAGUGAUUAAGGAUAUGGGAAAAGUUCCUGUGGAAUACAUCUUUCUUGCCAUUAUACCAGCUCUAAUGGUAGCAGGUCUAUACUUUUUUGACCAUAGUGUAGCUUCGCAAAUGGCUCAGCAAAAGGAGUUCAAUCUUAAGAAACCAAGUGCUUACCAUUAUGACAUAUUCGUGCUUGGAGUCACGACGUUAAUUUGUGGGUUGCUUGGACUCCCUCCGUCUAAUGGAGUUCUCCCUCAGUCGCCAAUGCACACCAAGAGUCUUGCGGUCCUGAAAAAACAGCUAAUGCGAAAGGAAAUGGUUAAGGGAGCAAAAGAAUGCAUAAAAAAUCAGGGGACCAGCUCAGAAGUUUAUGGAAAGAUGCAUGCUGUGUUCAUUGAGAUGGACAGUUCAGCAAAUACUACUUCUGUUGAUAAGGAGUUGAAGGAUUUGAAAGAUGCUGUUCUGAAUUCUGAAGAUCUAGAAAAGGCUAAUGGGAAAUUCGAUCCAACAAAGCACAUUGAUGAUCACUUGCCUGUCCGAGUUAAUGAACAAAGAGUCACGAAUUUAUUGCAAUCCUUGCUUGUGGCAUGCUGUGUCGCUGCUAUACCUGUGCUUAAGCGGAUACCUACCUCAGUUCUGUGGGGGUAUUUUGCCUACAUGGCCAUUGAUAGCCUCCCUGGUAACCAGUUUUGGGAAAGGUUUUUGCUGCUCUUUAUUCCUUCAAAUCGGCGAUUCAAAGUCCUGGAAGGCACCCAUGCUUCUUUUGUUGAAUCAGUACCAUUCAAAAUUAUUGCCGCAUUUACACUCUUCCAACUGGUGUAUUUCUUGAUGAUCUUCGGAGUGACAUGGAUUCCCAUAGCUGGGAUAUUAUUCCCACUGCCAUUUUUUAUGCUUAUAUGGAUCAGAGAACAUAUUCUACCCAAGUUUUUCCCGCCCGAGUAUCUUCAGGAACUGGAUUCAGCUGAGUAUGAGGAAUCAACUGGUGUUCCAAUCCACAACAGGACUACCUCGAUGAGGGAGCACGGAACAGAAAAUUAUUCUGAUAGCACGGAAGAUGAAGGUGAUUUAUCUGCUGCAGAAUUUUUGGAUGAGAUGACAACUCACAGAGGCGAGUUGAAGCUUAGGACCAUAAGCUUCAACGAUAGACAGCAACAGAUUUAUCCAACAGGUGGUGCAUAAAUUCUGACGUGAUGAUCAUACAAGGAUAAACUUUUGUGUGUGAUCUCCAGAGAAGAAGAGAGUACUAACCAUAGAACGGUAUCUCCAUUUGUGUAUGUGGAUAACCUCCACUAUUGGAAGAUAGAUACGACACAGAGAUGAACAAGGAAGCUGGAUCUAGAGUCUCACACAUAUUGUCUGCACAGUGUAGACUAUAUCUCUAUUUGAUAACAAGUGGAGGAUAUGUAGACUGCUAUCUAAUAUAAAUUGUUAUAUUCUCUGGUAUGAUUUGAUGUGAGAAGUUUCUAGGAACCUAUAGUUCUAUGAAUUGUUUUACAACGAUUCACUGAAAAGCAUAUGGAGAUCUUCUAUUAUGCUUGGUUAUACUCGUGUAUGUCUAGUAUUUCUUUGAUAAAUGAAGCAAGAUCUUAUUAUGCAUAA